AACUUAAACAGCUGUAGUCAUGUAAUUCAAAACCCUGGAAGGCUGCUGCAGUGCUUGCUCAACCUCAGUAUACCAUGAAUGCAGGAUGCUGCCAGUCAUAUAAAGGAUCCUCUGCUUCACAUUAUGAAAGAAAGACGUGAACUACAAACCUGAAUGCAACCUGGAAUUUCCAGACAGAUGAUCUUGUGACAGCCUUUUCAAGAGUCCAGUUAUCAGGCAAAAGGACCAUCCAGUAACUGGAACUCAAUACCAACCAAUCCUAAAGAGGAAAGUUUGUGUUUUUGAAAUAUAUUCCUGCAACAAAGGACUUGAGAGAGGAGAUAUAUCAGUAAAAAUAGGGAUCCCACAUACCCCAGCAGUGCCUCCUCAGAUCUGUACAACACUGAUUCAGACUAUCCAAAAAUUUCAACUGUUCCAGCUGUCACAGAAAAUAACUGGGGCCAGCUGAAUGUCAGGAUGCAAGUAGUUACUAUUAUAUUACUACUUCUUCUUUGUAAUGCAUCUGACUGUAGGAGGACAAGGAAUAGGAAUUUGAGAAACAAUGGAAGGGAAAACAUCUUAAGAAGAGCAUCUAGCACUGUUAAGCGCAAUGCCCAAGGCUUAACAUGUGAUAUUUACACUUAUCUUCAUGAGAAAUACUUAGAUUGUCAGGAAAGAAAAUUGGUUUUUGUGGCACCUGAUUGGCCAGAGGAUAUAAAACACAUGCUGCUAGCAAGAAAUAGGAUUCGGAAAUUAAAGAAUAAUAUGUUUUCCAAGUACAAAGUACUGAAAAGUCUGGAUUUACAACAGAAUGACAUAUCAAAAAUUGAGAGUGAGGCUUUUUAUGGUUUGGAUAAACUUACCACACUCUUACUUCAGCAUAACCAAAUUAAGAUUUUAUCUGAGGAGAUUUUUAUUUAUACUCCCAGUCUAAACUACCUGCGUCUCUAUGACAAUCCCUGGCAUUGCAGCUGUGAACUAGAAACUCUUGUUACAAUGCUACAGGUUCCAACAAACAGGAAUUUGGGAAAUUAUGCCAAAUGUGUGCACCCAAUAGAACUGAAAAAUCAAAAGCUAAAGCAGAUAAAAACUGAUGAGCUAUGUAGUGAAAAGGACAGGCAGGAUCCCAAAAACAUAAAACGGGAGAAGCCUGAACCUGUCAAACCAGAAUUUGAUUCCUCUUUGUGCCACAUGUAUGUGUUUCCUGUGACAACUCUGAACUGCAAAAGAAAAGAUUUAAAGAAAGUUCCAGGUAAUAUACCUCCAGAUAUAGCUAAACUUGAUUUGUCCAACAACAAAAUUAGACAGCUACGAGCCAAGGAGUUUGAAGAUGUCAGUGAACUGAAGAUAUUAAACCUGAACAGUAAUGGAAUAACAUACAUUGAUCCUGCGGCUUUUUCAGGCCUCAAUAACUUAGAGGAGCUGGAUCUAUCAAACAACAGCUUGCAGAAUUUUGAAUAUGGAGUACUGGAAGAUCUUUACUUUCUGAAAAUACUGUGGCUGAGAGAGAAUCCUUGGAGAUGCGAUUACAACAUACAUUAUCUUUUCUACUGGCUGAAGCAUCACUACAAUGUUCACUACAAUGGCCUAGAAUGCAAAAUGCCUGAGGAAUACAAAGGAUGGUCUGUUGGAAAAUAUGUCCGAAGUUAUUAUGAGGAAUGCCCAAAAGACAAGCUUCCCAUUUAUCCAGAAACUUUUGAUCUGGACAAAGAUGACGAGGAAUGGGAACGACACAAAGAGCAAACAGUUCAGACAGUAAAGAAGCAUGGUGUAAUUGUCACUGUGAUAGGCUAAUAAGGGGACUCUUUCCCUUAGUAGAUUUAGAUAUUUGAUACUUUGAAAAAGGAAAACAUGCUGUUUACAUUUGUUCUAAUUAUUCUGUUGGUUUAAAGGACUAUCUGCCUACAAAGAUGUCUGUUUAUUGCAGAUAAUAACUACAGAAUGACAUUAGUUGGACAGCAUCCUUCAUCUAGCAAUUGUUUUUGACAAUUUGUUCUGGACACUCCUGUGAAAUAUUUUGGCAAAUGUUUGAAACUAUUCAGUAAAAAUUGAGAGACACAAAUGUAUAUAAUGUGGUGGGGAGGAGCUGUCUUAUGUAUGAACACAGUUUAUGUGUUCACACAGAAAUAGCUGCAGGAUUGUGACCAAGACACAUUUUUCUUGAAUGUAUUGAUGGUUCUUUGUAUCAGUUUCCUGAAAUAUUCCCAGAAAACAUUUCUAAGAUUUUUAUAUUGACUUCCUGUUGUUUUAUUGCAGACUAAAAAAACAAACUUAAGACUAACCUUAAGUACAAUUGUAGGCAAAGAGAAA